CUGGACUUCCGAAACUGAAUUGGAAAGAGAGUGCCGAGUGCCGACUGCUGAGAAAGCCGCCAGACUCCACUGCAUCAUCCAGCUAUUCCGAAUGUUUCCCAUGGAAAAGAAGAUAAAGAAUGCCAAUAAAGUAAAAGUCAAGCUGAAAAGAAGCAAAGAUGAAGCUUAUUUUUCACAUUCAAUAGAUGAGGUAGAUACACAUGUCAGAGAAAAGAAAAAGAAGAAACUUUCAAGGAAUAGGACGAGGGAGAAUGAUGAGUCGACUGAAAGAGAAAUGGAUGCUAUUGACCAACCUAAUGAAAUAGAAGGUGGACAUGGCUUGGAAGAGAAAAUUGCAACAAAUGCUGAAGAAAAUGAGAACAAUAAUUCUAGAAGAAAGAGAAGAAAAAGCGAGAAGCAAACUGAAGCAGACAGUACUGCAAAUGAAGUCGAGAGAAUUCAAAAGAGAAAAUCAAUGAAGAAAAGGGAAACUGAGAAAAAAUCUGAUGCAGACAGUGGUCCAAAUGAAGUUGAGGAAAUCCAGACCAGAAAAACAAAGAAGUCAAGAACAAUUGAGAAAAAAAAUGAUGCAAAUAAAGUUGAGGAAAACCAGAAUGGAGAAUCAAGAAGAAAGAAGAGAAAGGGUGAGAAGAAAAGCCGAAAAAAUGGAGUUGAUAAGUCCUAUACUGAUGCUGAAAACAGGCCAGAUGAACAAAAUGUAGGCAAGUCAAGAAAACUUAAGGAUCAUCUUCCUAAUGCAGAAGAGAAUGUUCUGGGGAAAAGUGGAGAAGCUGAAGAAGUGUAUGAACUUUCUUCUGGAGAUGAACACUCCUCUAAAGGAAUGCAAAAAUGGAUUACAGAAUAUUAUCAGAGCAGGCCAGGACUGCAAGUGUUGCAAGACAGGAUUGAUGAAUAUAUAGUUGCAUAUGAAGCAGAAAAGGAAAAGGAGAGGAAGAAAAAAGAAGCCAUGGUUGCGGAAGAUGGAUGGACAGUUGUGGCACAUCACAAAGGAAGAAAGAAGACGACAGAUUCUGAAAGUGGAAUUGCAGUUGGUUCUGUUUCCCAGGCCGCUGUGCUCGAAAAUCUGGCCAAGAAGAAACAAAAAGAAACCGGUUUGAAUUUCUACCAGUUUCAAAAGAGGGAUGCCAAGAGAAAUGAGAUUAUGGAGCUACAGAGUAAGUUCGAGCAGGACAAAAAGCGCGCCCAGCAGUUGAGAGCUGCAAGAAAGUUCAGACCUCUGUGAAAUGUGAUUGUUUGUUUUCCUCAUAUUUAUUCCCUUUCCCCCUUCUUUCCCUCUUGUGUUGGUGCAUUCAAAGUGAAUAUUUAUGUCUACUAAAUUUCCCUUGUUGCAAAACAUCUAAUCCCCUGGCCUUUUAGGCACUAUUUGGAAUGCGAAAUUUGCUUGAAAGGUUUUUUUCGGAAGAGCAAAAAUUUCAGAGGUGUUGUGAUUCCUUGGUGGGUUUGUGAGCCAGGAGGUUGCGUUCUAUUUAACUUAUCUUUUAUGUUUGUUAUUUAUUCUUAUUAAAAUCAUAUCAUAUUA